UGGGUCAGGGUGGAGGUAGAAAAUUGAUAGGGUUGAUAGACACUAGUAUGCAAUUUCCAGAGUGCUGAAGCAGUUUUCAUAAUUUAAGCAUGCUAUUGAUCAACUGAUAUUGAUAUAGGUUGUAGGGCAGCUUCAUGAGUUGUUUGGUUGUGUGAACUAUCUAAGUUCACUUCAAGGUUCAAGAUAGGAAUUUUCCAGCAAGGUAUCACCCUAGGUGUCAGUGUUAUAUGUGUGUCAAAUACGUGUUAGAGUAAUCUUUUAGGGAUUCUUCUUUUCAGCUCUGAUCCCAGUUUUCAGACCAUAAGUAAAUAAAAGCAGUCAAGAUGGCUGUGGAUAACUCAUUGGUGGAGAAGUCUAUGAGAUCUGUCUUUGUGGGAAACAUCCCAUAUGAGGUGACAGAGAAGAAGCUGAAGGAAAUCUUCAGCCAGGUCGGACCAGUCCUCUCGUUUCGUAUGAUGAACGACAGGGCCACGGGUAAGCCGAAGGGCUACGGUUUCUGCGAAUACCGUGACCCGGAGACUGCUCUGAGUGCCAUGCGGAACCUGAACGGAGUCGAACUGUCGGGCCGCCAGCUACGCGUGGACAACGCCUGCACGGAGAAGAGCAGGAUGGAGAUGCAGACUCUGAUGCAGGGUCCGGCCAGCGAGAGUCCGUACGGGGAGGAGGUGGACCCCCCGCAGGCCCCUGAGGCCAUCAGUAAGGCAGUCGCCUCCCUGCCGCCCGAGCAGAUGUUCGAGCUCAUGAAACAGAUGAAACUCUGCAUUCAGAACAACCCGACGGAGGCUCGCACGAUGCUGCUGCAGAACCCUCAGCUGGCCUACGCGCUGCUGCAGGCCCAGGUGGUGAUGCGUAUCGUGGACCCACAGACGGCCGCCUCGAUGCUGCACAAGUCGCAGCCGGAGCCGCCGGUGCUGAAGCCGGCUGACACACCGGCUGGUACCGCCGCCCCUGCCAUCUCGGCUGCCCCCGCGCCCGCUGUGCCGGCCGCCCCCGUCCCGGCGCCCGUCGUGUCGGUGGCCGCACCGCAGCCGGCUGUAAAGGAGGGGCCGUUUGGUCCCAUCGGAGGAGGUCAGGACGUGGACUUCCGUCAGGGUCCGACGGCGCUGGCCGGCGCGCCGGCAGGAGACAUGGACAUGCGCAGCCUGGACCCCCGCGCGGGCGGACGCCUGGCCGACCAGGACCUCCGCAUGCCGCCCAGAGGACCAGACAUGGGCCGCGGUGGCCCGCCACCGGGUGGCCUUCGUGGCGACAUGGAUCUCCGCUCUGGCGACAGGGACAUGCGUGGCCCGCCGCCGCCGCCGCAGGACUUUGACGCCAGGGCGUUCGGACGUGACCCGCGCGCGGCCGGCGCGCCGUUCGGCCGCGGAUUCCCGGAGGCGCCGGCGCCGAGCCGCGACCCGCGCGACCCGAGAGACCCGAGGGAGGCGCGUGACCCGCGUGACCCGCGCGCCGCCGCCGGUCCCAUACCCGGUCCCAUGGCUGGUCCUCUGGCCGGUGGUGACCGUGACAUGAGGGGUCCGCCGCCGGCCGCGCCCAGCCGCCCUGGACCGGACCUGGGAGCCAUCAACCUGCCCGCCAACCUGGCGGGAGGAGAUCAAGAAAAGGCGGCGCUGAUCAUGCAGGUGCUGCAGCUCUCGGACGAACAGAUUGCCAUGCUGCCCCCGGAGCAGCGCCAGAGCAUUAUGGUUCUGAAGGAACAGAUCUCCAAGUCGGCCCGCUAAGCUGGCUGACCUGCGGCGGGCGCUGUCAGUUUUCCACCGGGGUCGGUUGGUGAGUUGCGGCAGAAGUGUUGCCGCAUUCGUCGCAUUCCCACUAUGGACUCGAGUGUAUCGCGAGGCAGAUCAUGGUGGAACGAGGAACACUGUGUCCCAAUGACUGCUGGUUCCGAGCGAGACACCGCGAACAUUCAAGUGGCGCGCAGCCAAGUAUUGGAUAGAACACGGCGCAUCAAUGUCCGAUAGACUAUGAGGUGCCAUCCCGGUCCAACCCGUGUGCUGUGUCAGGUGAGAGCUGGCCCUUCCUCAGUGGCUCGACCUACCGCGUGGUCUAUGUAACAGCUCUGUCCCUUGUGGGUUACGGACAGUUUAAUCGGUUCAGGAGUCGACUGUCACAGGACAGGGAUGGCUUUCUCCUCAUAGCUGUUCACUUGUGCUCGCCUGCGCUUUGUAAAUACAAUGUCACACUCGCA